AUGGAUAAAUCCAACACCUCUGACGAAACUCGCCAUUCGCGCACAUUCGUCCGACUUCUGAUUGCAGCGUUCUUCUUGGUUACGAUUAUUCUCGUCGUUGUUUCCAUUGCUUUGCUUCUAACACAAGAACCAGUGCAUCUCAGUGAAGAUGAAUCAUCCACGCCGUUGUCUUCAGACGAGAACGGGAACCGAUCCUCGUCUCGGUUAUCAUUUCGACGUCGCCGUCCUGAAUACCGUAAAUUCACCUUUGAUGAUCUUUUCUCUGGAAAAGUGUUCCUCAAGGACACCUACACGACCGCAUGGACGCGCGACGGUGGCCUCAUUCGGACGAAGGACGAGUACUCCGAGACUCCUUCGGUAGCAACCAUCAUCAAGCCAGGAUCUUUCGAAGCCACACCAUAUUUAUCGGAUUCUUCUAUUAUGAACACGAUGUCCUCCAACAAUAAAUACGCCUAUACGUCAGAAACACUCAAACCUAUAUUCCGUUACUCCAACGAGGCUCUGUAUCAAAUCUUUCGGAUAGUAAACGGCACACGAAUGGGAGAACCUUUCCCUGUCGGUCCGACUGGAGAUGGUACCGAAACUAUUCUCAUUUUCAAGUGGAAUCCCAAUCGGAACAAGAGCGACUUUGUAUUUGUUCAUGACUACAACAUUUACUACCAAGCCGAUCCAGAGAAACCAGGAAGUGCUCGACAGCUGACGAAGGAUGGCCAUUAUCUAUUUCGCUAUGGUGUGGCGGAUUGGUUAUACGAAGAAGAGAUCCUGUCGUCAGCAGAUGCAAUCUGGUGGUCCGAUUCAGGGGACUACCUUUCAUACCUGAGAUUCGAUGAUCGCUCGGUGAAUCGAGUUUACAUUCCAAAACACUUGAGAAACUCUCAGUAUCCACAGUAUAUGGAAAUACCGUACCCGAAGGCAGGUGUUGAGGAUAACCCGGAGGCCACUCUGUACAUAUGGUCAAUGAAAAGUGGCAAAACUGUGGUCGCUGAACCGCCAACUCAGCUGGCUGGAAUGAAUCAGUCAUACUAUGUCUACUCGAAUCAGUGGAUCAAGAUGCCGAAGGAAAUACGAAGCGAACUCGGUGAUGAGCGGCUGGUAACGGUAUGGGCAAACCGUGAGCAGAAUCUCGUCUACAUAACGCUAUGCAAUGAGGUGGACUGCGUGUUGACGCACACGCAAUCGUUCACGAUCAAUGGCCGAAGUUUGUCUGCUGAGCCGACCGACUUCAAGACGAUAUUGGCAUCAGAGCUCGGUUUCUUUGUCAUUUUGCCUCACGCCUACUACGAUGGAAACAUCUAUAAUCAUAUCGCUCAUAUCAAAAUUAUGAACAACGGCAGUGGACGAGUUACGGCAUGGCACGGUGGUGCCUAUGAUAUCAAGGAGAUGAAAGGUUACGACAUUAAGAAAGACACCCUCACCUUCACCUCAUCUGGUCAAGGUGUUGGCACCAUGAGGUUGUACAGAUUAGCACGAGGUACCUCAACAAAUCAGUCAUCGAUAAUAGUUCUGUCGUCUCUUGUCUCCGAUUGCGAUUACGGCUCGUACGAUGUGUCACCGGAUGGCAAGCGAGCUGUUCUUGCUUGCCUACAAGCAUUUAAAAAUACGAAGUUGUACCUCAUGAACGUAGAUAUUCCUAGUAAUAAUAGACUACUAGACGGUGCUGACGAACCUCACAUUCCAUUCGAUCUUCCUGAGCUCUCCUAUGAAACAGUGAAGUUACCAUCAGGUUACGAAGUGCACAUUGGUCUGAUGAAGCCGCCGAAAUUCGACCCGUCACUGAAGUAUCCCAUGCUCGUUGAUGUAUAUGGUGGCCCAAACAGCUGUCGAAUACGUAGAUCUACGCCGAAUCCCAAUAUGAUCCACUUCUGCUCGAAUCUCGGCGUGAUCGUGGCGUGGAUUGAUGGCCGUGGAUCCUCUAAUCGAGGCUGGAAUAUGAAAGCCCCUGUCUACAAAGCGCUCGGCCAGUUUGAGACAAUCGACACAAUCGACGCCGUAAAGUAUCUUACGUCAAAGUAUUCCUACAUCGACAACAAGCGAGUAGCGGUGUUUGGUUGGUCCUACGGAGGCUUUCUCAGCACACAUAUAGCCAUACGGGAUCAGGGUAAAACGUUCCAAUGUGCGAUUGCUGUAGCUCCGGUGGUCGAUUUCAUGCUUUACGAUAGCGCGUACACGGAACGUUACUUGGGUAUACCACUAGAGAAUCCAGGAGCGUAUAAUGCCAGUCAAUUGUUGAAUAAAGCUGGUCGUCUGAAGGAAGUCAAAUAUUUACUGGCUCAUGGAGAGGCUGAUGACAAUGUUCACUUUCAAAACAGCGCCCUUCUAGCAGAGGCGUUACAAGCCGAACUUGUUCAUUUCACACAAUUAGUCUAUCCAAAUCAAGAUCACAGUAUAGGCCCUCGUCAAGCCCAUCUCUUCAUGGAGAUUGGUCGCUUCCUCGACAAGGAAUGCUUUAACAAUGAUGACUAA